AUGCUUAUGAAGCACUCACAGGUGUUGAAGGACGGGACGUACGUGAAACCCAAGCACGAGAAGUUAGCGUACGGCACUAUGGUCUUAGUGAGGGUCGGGAUAGUCCGCGACGCUUGCAAGCAAUUGCAGAGGGCCGUCACGAUCGCCACGCGCUACUCCGCCGUCCGACGUCAGUCUGAGAUUGUGCCGGGAGAACCAGAACCACAGAUCCUCGACUUCCAGACGCAGCAGUACAAGCUCCUGCCACAGAUAGCGUCCGUGUUCGCCCUUCUGUUUUCGGCCAACGACCUGGCGACCACCUACUUGCAAGUGUCCAAGGAUAUGACCAAGGGGAACAUGGAGAUGCUGCCGGAGCUUCAUUCCUUGUCCAGUGGUUUGAAGGCCCUCAGUGCCGCCGACGCUACCGAGGGCGUGGAGAUCUGCCGUCUGUCCUGCGGCGGUCACGGGUACCUCAAGUCGUCCAACUUGCCGAGGAUCUACUCGGCGACGACCUGUGCCAUUACCUACGAGGGGGAGAAUACCGUGUUGUGGUUGCAGGUGGCGAGCCUUGGUCGAAGCCUACAAGAUGUCGCCUUGAAGUUAGUGGUAGACACAGAGAGCAGAUUGCAGAGGUUGUGUGACAUGGGUCAGAACUUCCAUCACGCUUGGAAUAACUGCUCAGUUUUGCUAGUCAGAUGUGCUCAGGCUCACAUAAGAUACUUCGUGUGUGAGAAGUUCCUCCAGCGCGUGAAGUCAUCAGCUGUUAGCGAGGGCCUGAGGGGAGUCUUGCAUCAGCUGUGCAGAUUAUACCUUAUUUAUCAUAUUACACUUAACCAUGGAGAUUUCUUGAGGUGCGGCUCCCUGACCUCGGCCCAAAUCUCGACCCUGGAGGAUGAACUCAGCUUACUCUUGACCUCGCUUCGACCUCAAGCCGUGGCCAUCGUCGACGCCUUCGACAUCCACGACGAGAUUCUGGACUCGACUCUAGGGGCGUGGGAUGGCCAGGUGUAUGAGAGGUUAUACGAAGACGCCUUGAAGAGUCCCCUGAACAAGACCGACGUCCCUGAAGCUUAUCACAAAUUCCUGAAGCCUCUGAUGAAGUCACAGCUGUAA